UUGUAGAAAAAGAAGAAAUUAUUACUGGUUCGAUCGAUCUGAUUGCAAGUGUGGGGGAAGUUUCUUGUAUUAAAUUCAAUAACACGUUACACAUAGCAACUAUUACCUUGGAUAAUGGCCAAGAUAUUAUUAAAAAACUAAACACGCCACUAAGAGUGAUCCUUAUUUAUGAUGUAAAUCAUAAAAAAUCAUCCAAUAAGCCAAUCGGUAAUGAACAAGAACCUAAAGGAAUUCAUGAUGUGGAUGAAUCAUCCUCACAAACUGACAAUGAAUUAAUGCCCGAUAUUCAAGAUAACAAUACUACAAAUGAUAGUCAGAUAAAUAAAAUUUUUCGAAGUUCUAAACAAAUUAAGAAAAACUAUCAAAAUAAUGAAUGUACUGAUGAGCAAGAUGAAAAUCAGAACCAAAACUCAGAUAUUGAGCAAGAGGGUUCUAAUAGAAAUGAUAGUGAUUCCCCAGAAAUGAGUGAAAUCGAAAAUGUUCAUAAAUCAUUUCCAACUGUUCUGAUUGAAGCGAAUGAUCACCAAAUUCAUGAAAUAGGUGAAGGUGCUACUGAAAUUAAUAGUGAUCGCAUUCAUGAAAUAAAUGAAGAUGCUUCAGAAAUCCAGUCAGAGAUUAAUAGUGAACGAGUUCAUGAAAUAGAUGAAGAUCAAGUAAUCGAGGCACAGGAAUCAUCGCCUAGUAAUUCUAAAGAUAUUGAAGCAGAUGAAAGCUCACAAUCUGCAAAUUCGAUUGAUCGUGGAGACGAUGUUUAUAAUGAAAAUAUUCAACCUUCACAAGUAAGAAUUUCUCGAGUUGAAAAUGAGUUUUAA